AUCGACCGUUUUAACUUGGAGUCUAAUGACAUGUGUUACACGUGAAGAAACUUCCUCUAUUUAUAUUUCAGAUAAUUAUUAUAUUAUGUUAAAAUGCCAUUGAUAAUAGUAACUGGUGGCCCGUGCAGUGGUAAAACGACGAGAAGUCUUGAACUGAAGAAAUAUUUCGAGGACAAAUUAAAGGAUAGUGGACAAAAUGUGGAAAUAAUUAGCGAACACGAUGCGAUAAUUAAAGCAGGCUACGAUAGAAAUGUAUUUUACGCAGAUUCCAAAAAGGAAAAAGCUGUCAGAAGCGCUAUAAAAUCCGACAUUCAACGUAGGCUCAAUACACGCGAUCUACUGAUAUUUGACGGCAGCAAUUACAUCAAAGGAUAUCGGUAUGAACUUUACUGCAUGACCAAAUUAUACAAGACUCCUCAAUGCACAAUAUACUGUGAUUUACCAGUCGAGUGCGCUUGGUUGUGGAACGAUAAACGAAUUGAGUCAGAUCGAUAUAAUAGAGAAAUCUUUGAUUCACUUGUAGUAAGAUACGAAAUACCAGAUAGUAAAAAUCGAUGGGAUUAUCCACUUUUUGCAAUUACAUCAGAGGAUGAAUUAAUGUGUAAUGAAAUUUAUAAAUCGUUAUAUGAAGUCAAAUCACCAAAACCAAAUCAAAGUACCCAAUGUCCACCGUUAGCAUCUACGAAUUAUUUAUACGAAUUAGAUACAAUAACAAAAGAUGUAAUAAACGCAAUAUUAUCGGCGCAACGACUGGGAAUAAACAAUGACAUAAAGAUACCAGGGUCUAAUGUGACUGUACAAUGCACAGGCACACCAGCAAAACUAAUGAGAUUACGGAGACAGUUUUUAACUUAUAGUAAAAUGCAGCAAAGUGGAAUCGAUCAAAUUGCCGCACUAUUUGUACAAUAUCUUAAUAAAAACUUAUAACAAAGCAGAAAAAUGUAUUAGGUAUACAUAUUUGUUUCAUUUUCUAAUUUUAAUAUAAU